CAUUUCAUAGUGUGAUAUACCUAACAACAUCCUGAGAAUUAGACAAGGAAAAUCUCAGGGUAUUGUAAUGAUGAACACCCUGCAGCUUUGCUUCUUGCUUUUGCUUUGCAGCUGUGGUGCCAUUGCACUAGAUUUUAAGAAUCCCACGCAAAAACCAAAUUUGGGCCCAUUCGAGGAGUGGAGAAGUGCUUUUUUCUGCAUGAUUCAUUUCAAGAACACUAAUUCUUGCCCCAAAAAGUACGAGCUGGACUUGUCCGGGUGGCUCAACGUAACCAAAGAAGACGGAACGGAGUUCUGUUCUAGCCCCUGCGCUCAUCAAAUCACGUCCGUCUUGGACUGCAUCCGCGACACCAACCGCCACUUUUGGUUCGCCAAUAAGGCCACCGUCCAACACCUCCGCCAAACCAUCCACCAAGGCUGCCACACAAAUAAGGGCUUUACAGGAGUGAGUUUGUACCCAUCAUCCAUGAAUUAAACUUUACGGAUGUCUUCGUUGGUUUUCUCAAGUUUGCUCCCACAAAAGAUGACAGUCUUUGGUUACAUUUUCACUAUUGUACGUAAA